AUGGAGAAGAGAAAGAGUCAGCUCAGCCUUUUCUCCCCUUUGGUGGGUGUUGGAAAGCCCUGGUUGGAAAGCCCUGGUGCAGUUCCCCCUCUUCUGAGUGGAGACGACUUGCAAACCGUUGAGGAAGGCAGUGAUGUGAAGUUGGUUUGUAAUGUGAAAUCCAACCCCCAGGCUCGAAUGAUGUGGUACAAAAACAGUAACAUCCUGAAUUUAGAGCAAAAUCACCAAGUCCAACAGACAAGUGAGUCUCUUCAACUGUCAAUCACCAAAGUCAAGAAAUCUGACAAUGGAACCUAUAGCUGCAUUGCAAAUUCAUCUCUGCAAAUGGAGACCAAGGACUUUCACCUCAUUGUCAAAGAUAAAGGUGUGGCUAUACCCAUAGAACCCAUUAUUGCUGCAUGUGUUGUGGUCUUUCUGACAUUGUGCUUUGGACUCAUCGCUAGAAGAAAAAGUAUAAUGAAGCUCUGCAUAAAGGAUGAAGAUCCUCAAAGAGAAACAGCUUUGUAA